AUGACCAGAAAGGCAGUAAAGGGAAGUGUUAUAGCAGAUCUCUUAGCACAAAAUCCAAUUGAGGAAUAUGAAGCUUUGGAUUUUGAAUUCCCAUAUGAGUAUAUAAAUACAGUGGAGGGAGAAUUAGGAGAGCAGAGUGAUGUUUGGCAAAUGUAUUUUGAUGGGGCAAUCAAUGUAUCAGGUAGUGGAAUUGAAUUAGUCUUGGUAUCUCCAUAUGGAAAACAUUUCCCAAUUGCAGUAAAGUUAAAAUUUGAAUGUACAAAUAAUGUGGCUGAAUAUAAAGCUUGUGUGAGUGGUUUACAAGUAGCCAUUAAAAUGAAAAUCAAAAAGUUAGAAGUAUAUGGCGAUUCAGCUUUAAUAAUUUAUCAAGUGAAAGGGGAAUGGCAGACUCAAGAUCUGAAGUUGAUUCCACAUGGCCUUCCUGACAAGCUUAUAACUGACAAUGCCAAAAACUUGAAUGGUUCAAAAGUCAAAGAGUUAUGUGAUCAGUACAAAAUUCAUCACCUCAAUUCAUCACCAUAUCAGUCACAGAUGAAUGGGGCAGUAGAUGCCGCGAAUAAGAAUCUUAAGAAGAUAAUUGAGAAAAUGACAAUCACGUAUAAGGAUUGGCACGAAGUGCUCCCAUUUGCUCUACAUGCAUACCGGACUACGGUGAGAACUUCUACUGGGGCAACUUCAUACUCACUAGUAUAUGGUAUGGAAGCAGUCUCACCAAUAGAGGUAGAGAUACCUUCAUUAAGGAUUUUGGCAGAAGCAGAAUUAGAUGACAUGGAGUAG